AUGAAAAUGACUCAGGUAAAUAUGGGUGGUGUACCGUUUGAGACUCGGUCUAGUCAGCCGAUUAAUGUACCCGAGUAUUCUGAGGACGACCUGAAAGAGGAGAAUGAGGAUGAGGAGAAUGAGUUUGAUGAGGAUGAUGUGCAGGGUAUAUCCACAAGUAGUCGGCCUCGUCCCUCCCGCGCUAGUCACGCAUCUCCCCCCCUCAUUGAUCCUGUGAUCCCUCGCAGAGGUCCUGUCUCCACUGGAGUAUUUACACGUCCUCCCCCUCUCAUUGAUCCCGUGUGCCCUCGCGGAGGUCCCGUCUCCACUGGAGUAUCUACACGUCCUCCCCCUCUCAUUGAUCCCGAGUGCCCUCGCCGAGGUCCCGGCUUCACUGGAGUAUCUACACGUCCUGUUACCACUAUUGCAUCAUCAGGCGGCAGCAGCCAGUCGAGAGUUUCUGAUGAAAUUGAUCCGGCUAUAUGGCUAAUGACAGAUGAAGUACCUGGUGGGCCGAAAGAUGGUAGCGUGAUUCCUAGCUUUCUUGGGCAUAUUGCUUAUCAUUUAUGGCAUGGAUAUCAUAGACCCAUCUUGAAGAUAUUUAAAGGCGAAAAGAUUCUCAAUAAGUUAAAGUUGUGGUAUAGGAAUAUGGAUGAUGUAGUGAAAGGCAAGAUUCGGGGGACUGGAUUGGGUCACCUUCUUCAUACCUCGUAUGAUGAUAUUGAUCUUGGCUUAGGAGGGCGAGUUACCCGUACGGGUAAUGACAGGCCCAGAGUACAUGACUGGAUACCACCAUCUUAUGCGGGGCUGACAUCUGUACCAGAUCGUCUUCUUCAGGUUAGGGAGCGUCUCGACAGGUUCACCGAGUUAGAGUGGAUGAAUGAAUUGAGGAAAAUCACUAGGGACUUGAUUAAAAAGGUGAAAGUGUCCGAUCGCGAUCUAGCUGCUGAAUAUGAUGAGAAGCUGCAAGAUACGAUGGUCCGUUAUUACAAGGCCCCAUGA